GUGCAAACUGUGCUUUACACAGUAUGGCCGGCGAUAUUAGCUAGCAUUCGCUCACGGUUAUUCUCUGUAAAAGGGGAAAAGUCGGUGAAAAGACGUUAAAAAAAAGAAAACAUCCAACUAACAGAAACGACACCAGGGCCCAAGAUUCAAGGACUGUGCUUUGUUUAACAUCUUGUAAGCUUUGAGAAGGCAAAGGACUUGAUUUGGAGCCGAAAUCAAAAAAAAAAAAUUGAUUUCUGGUCUGUUUGUUGUGUCACGAUGGAGGAGAACAGUGCGCAUUUCUUCGAGGGGACCGAAAAGCUGCUGGAGGUUUGGUUCUCCCGGCAGGACGACAGCAAAGGUACAGGGGACCUACGAAGCAUCCCGAGGUUUGAGUGGGACAAACUUCUGGAGAAUGUGCAUUGUUUGAUCAUAAGUGUGACAAAGACUGACAAGCAGGAAGCUUAUAUACUCAGCGAGAGUAGCAUGUUUGUCUCCAAGAGACGUUUCAUUUUGAAGACAUGCGGAACCACCCUCUUACUGCAAGCGCUGGUGCCCCUGCUGCAGCUGGCGCGCGAGUACUGCGGCUUUGACGCCAUCGAGAACUUCUUCUACUCUCGUAAGAACUUCAUGAAGCCCGCCCAUCAGGAGUUCCCUCACCGAAACUUUGAGGAGGAAGUGGGAUUUCUCAGCCAGAUCUUCCCAAGUACGCUUCACCACAAUCUCAAUGGAGCAGCAUACUGUAUGGGACGUCUGAACUGUGACUGCUGGUACUUGUUUACUCUGGAGCUGCCGGAGUACUGGGAGAACAAGCAGGCGGACCAGACGCUGGAGGUUCUGAUGAGUGAUCUCGACCCAGCCGUGAUGGACCAGUUCUACACGAAAGACGGUGUUUCCGCUAAUGAUGUCACUCGUAUGAGUGGAAUUCGUGACCUGAUUCCAGGUUCUGUGAUCGACGCCACAAUGUUCAACCCUUGUGGAUACUCCAUGAAUGGAAUGAAAACGGAUGGAACUUACUGGACGAUUCACAUCACCCCUGAGCCGGAGUUUUCGUACGUUAGUUUCGAAACCAACCUCUCCCAGACGUCCUACGACGACCUCAUCCGGAAAGUCGUGGACAUCUUCAAGCCAGGGAAAUUUGUGACUACGCUUUUUGUUAAUCAGAGCUCCAAGUGUCGCAGCGUGUUCUCGUCUGCGCAGAAACUUGACGGCUACAGGCGCCUGGAUCGCCAGCUGGCCCACUUCAACGACUACAACUUCGUCUUUACCAGUUACGCUAAGAAGCCCCAGCAGAGCCAGCAGAGCUGAAGAUGAGGAAGCGCAGAAAGAAAGCAGCCCGAGCCCCAAGGCUCCGCUGCUGCUGUUGCUCGGAGUUUCGUCACUGUAGCCGUAUCGCGAGUUUAUCCCGUAAACGUCCUCGUACCCGAUCCGUAGAUAUGUCGCAUGAAAGCUCUCGUCGUGUCCGUGUAGAUAUUCUAGCUCACUCUUGCUGUGAUCUUGAAGUGCAUGUAGAGUUGAGGAGCCUCCCCUUCCUCCAGGUGUCCCCCCUCAUCCUCCACAGACAGGGUUUCCGCGCCCACUAAGCAGGGACCCUGGCAUGCUCAGAUCCGUCUUCAGCAGCGUGGCGUCGCGUCUCUGAUUUCAAAACUCGAACCAAACCUCACAAUAAAUACCUCGCCUGAUAAAUACGUGAUUCUCACGAUGCCUUUUCACUGAAAGUGCACAAUCAAACGCGCCUUUGGGGGAGGGGUAAAUGUAUACAAUAAUUGCACUUUAAAAUGAGCACCAAAGCGUCUUGUUUAAGCACUAAUAUAAAAAUAAAUAAAUAACUUCCACCUUUUGUUGCUCAUGGCUUUUUAAAAAAAAUAUAUAUAUAUAUUAAAAAAAAAAAAUUCCACGCCCCUGAACGGGGGAGAAAAAAUCCAGUGAAUGUAGAAGGGCCAUGAAUGUAGGCGUGUGUGAGGAGCCAUUACGCAUGUGCGUGAAUGCCUCCUCUUUUGUUUUGCCUUCAUUGUUCAGGACCUCUCCUGCCCUCUGAGCAGGCCAUCCUGGUGCCUGUUCCCCAGUGAAGCGCUUUUCCCUCCCUCCCAAAUCACUUCCUAAACAAUACACAGCCCUGGUAAGCGCAUACAAUAGAUGUGCAUGGAUCUGAGCAUGUCAGGGUUCUCCCAGAUCAUUCCACACUUAACAGUUGCAUCAACUACUGUCUUUUUUUUUUUUUUUUUUUUUUUUUUUUUUUUGGGUUUAUUAAUUCUAGUCUGCACUACACGUGUAGGGGUUUGUUUUGGAUUCUUUCUCAAAUCAAAAACCUUUCCCAGGGAGUGGUCAGAGCUGCUGAAUUGUUUGUUUUUGAGGACUCUAUUUCCCCGUUCGGCACGCCGGCGAAUCUCACGAAGCCUCUCCGGCCAGAGAGCGUGACCGUCUCGUACUGCUGCCGGACAGGGAAACGAGACGACCUCCCAAAACACGAGCCCUGGCGCUCAUCGAAACCGAUUAUUGGGGAGGGGUUUGAGCAUUUAGCGUGAGGUCCUGAGCCGAUACUCGUGUAUUUUAAACCGUUAUACCCGUCUGUUCGACUUUAGAAACAGCCGAAUGUGCAAAAAAAAAAAAACUAAUUUUUUGCUGGAAUUUGAUUGUAUGUAAGUAUUCAAAUGUGUACUUUUAAUUAACAGGGCCUAGCUGCAAAACGUUCUGUACAGUGAAGAUGUGUAGCCUCUCGCAUAUCAGAACAUCUUUAAAAUCCUCACAGCGCCUCUACCAGUCUGACUGAGGGGAAAGGUUUUAAACUAAUCUUCCAUGUGGAUGGACCAUUUCUUAGCAGGAAGUAGUCGAGUCUUGAGUGAAUAUUUUUCUAAGCUUCCACAAGCGUAGUUUAGGACAGUGCCUCCCCCUUUCUUUCUUUCCUCUCCCACACCUUAUGUGGACCAACUGCAUUUUUGUCCUUCUUUCAUGCCCACUUUCCCCCUCAGUGAUCCUCACUGUAGAUUCUGAGGUGGAUGAAUUGGAUCGGAUGUGGGUGGGGUUUUUUUUUUUUUUUUUUUUUUAAAUAUAUAUAAAUAUUUUCCCCUCUGCACUCGGAGGAGGAAGGCUUGGUGCGUGACCGUACUCUGGAUGUUGAGGGGGAAAGGGAAACUUUGCUAUUUUGAUUCUCUUGCUAUUUCCUUGGUUGAUCAAGAUGUGCUAAAUAUCUGUACUAUGAGCUUGAUGCAUUAAAGA